AUGUUUUUGACUCUGGCUUCGGGUCUUGUCCUGAGUGGCUUGGUACUCGCUCAGAUCCAAGGGGAAACUACUGGCCUCCUACCAACCGAACCAUCCAACGUGCCUUUGGGAACUCGCUAUGUCGUUGAGUUCUCAGAAGCUGGCUCAGCAAAGUUCCGGACCCGCGAUGGAUCCAUGAACACGGACGGCUUUUAUCAGAGUGUCGCUCAAGAGACAAACAUCACCACAAAGCCAGCGCUCAACUUUACCUCUAGUAUCUUUCACGGUGCCUCCUUCGAUCUCGCUAACGAGAGCACCGCGGCAGACCUUGAAGAGAUCAAGGCUUUGCCCGGAGUCGUCAAUAUCUGGCCUGUUGCAACUGUUUACGCCAGUCCCCAGAUUGAGUCCACUGGGGUGGCGAACUUCAGCCAGUGGAGCCCGCACGUUCUAACCAGAGUGAACGAAGCCCAUUCGCUAGGCUACGACGGCGAGGGUAUCAUCAUAGCCGUUGUAGACAGUGGCAUUGAUUACCUUCAUCCCUCUCUGGGCGGUGGUUUUGGCGAGGGUUUCAAGGUCCAGUCCGGUUGGGACUUUGUUGGUGACAACUAUACGAUCAGCUCGCCGGAUGUCCUUUUCCCAGACGAUGACCCUAUUGACUGUCUUGGUCAUGGAACCCACGUAGCCGGUAUCGCCGCUAGUUCGAAUAACAAUUUGCCAGGCGUGGCACCUAGCGCUACCCUGCGAGCAUACAAAGUUUUUGGAUGCUCUGAUGGCACGACUGAAGACGUCAUCGCUUUGGCAUUCAUUAGGGCUUUCGAAGAUGGGGCGGAUAUCAUUACUGCCUCGCUCGGUUCAAGCCAAGGUUUCCCCGAAGUUCUCUCCGCCUUGGUGGUCACUAGGAUUGCUAGCCAAGGUACUUUUACGUCAGUUGCGGCGGGAAACUCCGGAGCACGUGGUCCAUUCUACUCCAGCAGUCUCGGUAACGGGUACGGUGGUCUUGCAGUCGGCAGCGUUCAGUCAACACAGGAAGUUGCUUACUCCGUCGUGGCCAAGUCGACGAGUGGUGAUUCGAGGACGAUUGUAUACCUGGACGCUUCUGCCAACAACUGGAACUUGACCGGAGUGUUCCCUGCCCACAUACCCGCGAAUCCUCCAGACAUAUGUUCCCUUGAGGUGCCGUGGGAUGGAGCUCUCCCAGUUGACACGAUUGCUGUGCUGCCUCGUGGCCGUGCAGGCCUUUGUGGUUCCGGCGGUACCUGGCAAAUUAUGGACUCUGCUCUCAUCGACAAGGCGACAUGGGUCUUCCUAUAUAACUGGGAGAAUAAGACAUACGAAAGGCCAUCUCGGGUUCUCUACAGGGAUGGUCAGCCUGUGGGUUUCGCGUCGAUAAACUAUGAUGAUGGAAUUUGGCUGAACAAUCAAUCCCUUUCUGGCGAGAAUGUGACAUUCGAGCUCAAAUAUGAUCCGACAGCUGCUGUCGGCGUUGACUAUUUCACGAACAUGAUUAAUGAUUUCAGCUCUUGGGGACCAACAUUGGAUAUGAGACUAAAGCCCGAGAUAUCUGCACCUGGCAGCUGGGCAGUGCUCUCCGGCACUAGCAUGGCAACACCGUAUCUUGCUGGCGUCGCCGCCCUCUACUACCAAUCCACUGGUGGAAGAUCCACCCUGGACUCUAAUCCGGCUCAAGUGGCGCACACUCGCCUUGUUUCGAGUGGUUCCUCUGUCCUUCACCAUAACGGCAGCACAACUCUCCAGGCGCAUGUUGGACAAGCUGGUGCUGGACUCAUUGAUGCUUUGAAGGUGGUUUCAUACAACACUUCGAUCUCGCCGGCGAAUAUCCACCUCAAUGACACAGACCACUUCACCGGUGAGCAUACCAUCACUAUCACCAAUAGCGGUCCUGGACCAGUCACCUACUCCAUCGGCCACGAAUCUGGCCCCGCCAGUAUGACCAUGAAUCCUGUUAACUGGGUGGGCCAAGACCCCAUCCUGAAGACGGAAUUCGGCCAAGCUAUUGCAAACUUGUCGGUUUCAGAGCUCACGGUUCCUGCUAGGGGCAAAGCCAGCUUUGAUGUGGUCUUCACUGCCCCUACCGACAUUGAUGCUUCGCUACUGCCAAUCUACGGUGGUUUCAUUCAUAUCGUAGGUGACAACGGUGAGGCUCUGAAAGCAACUUAUCUGGGUGUGUAUGGAUCGCUGUAUAACGCGAAAACAUGGGAGCUUGAGCGUGGCGUACCAGUUUUUUUUGGUGCCGGUGGCUAUGGCGAUACUUUCGAAGAUGGCCGUGUCUUUGACUUGAGUCAAGCAACUCCCGAGGUGUAUUAUAACCUACUCUGGGCUACUCGCGAGCACAGCUUUGAUCUUGUCGCAUCAGAAUGGAAUGAGUCCGACUGGGCUUACCCCCAAGUCGCAGGAAAGAACAACUGGUUUGGCUCGCUCCAAUUCUAUGAUGCUUUGAACGAAAUCUAUUAUCCAUACCCUUUCAAGUACUACCCUCGGACUUUGACCACCUUCCAAGGCGCCAUCAGCAGCAACUACAGUGACGGGACCCCAAUACUCAAUGGCAAGUACCGUAUUCUGGGCCGGGCACUCAAGACCUAUGGCGAGAGCGGAAACCCCCAAGACUGGCAAUUCAGGCUCUCUAACUGGUUCAUCGUUGGGAAUAACAACACCACUAACGCAACCACAUCUGCUCUACUUAAUUCGCGCUUGGAGGCAGCAUCCUCCUGA